AUGGCGGUACCCAAUGACUUGAUGACCUCAAGGGCUUCCACCAUCCUGAGCACCCAGGCUUUUGAAGAAUUUUACAAGAACAAUCUCAGCCGACCUUCGUCGAGCCAAAGCGAUGAAGACAGCCUCGCUUUCGACCAGGAGUCUACCGAUGACUUCUUUGACAGCAUCUUGCCAGGCUCUGGGUCCUCAGGCCCCAUAGCGCCUCACAGACAACAUGAGCAGGAAAGCCGAGUCGGCACAGGCAACUCUGGCAACUCGCAUGGCGGGAAAAAUCAGCCCAAGCAGUUCAGCAUUAGCAACUUUGGGUUGCGUCAGGAUGCUCAGUCAGUGGGCGAUGACGGAGAGCAUAGUUUUGGAGACAUGCCGCCAAUGCUGAGAAGCGGUGUCGAUCAUGCACGAAGUUUAUCUGAAAACUCGACGUCCGUGCCCGGAAAGAGCAGUAGUCGUACAGCGACGAGUAUCCCUACGAGACGAUCUUCCAGGGCCAGAGGAGAGAGUACCGGAAGCAGUGCCAACUUUUCUGUUCGCGGCUCACAAAGUAGCCAAAGACAGCUACAGAUUAGUGCCUCGGAGAUUGAAGCAGCUCGCCGUGUCCUCGCUGCUGCAGAGCUGAAUGGAUAUGAAUUUCCCCAGGGCUCACGGAAAGCGUCUGUUCAGACAGAGCGAUCCGCUACACCGCCGCCGAUAGGGAGAGCCAGGAGGGCUGGGGACAGCGGAUCCGACAGCGAUACAGCUCAUAGCCUCCGGCCCAUAGCACCAGAUACAUCAUUCUUCCUACAGAACCCUUCUUCAGUUGUCACUAGACGGCACAGUCACAACAGCCUCGCAAGUCACACUUCGCAGAACAAGUCGGCAGCACGAGCUCAUUCAAUCAUUGAACAGCCUCAAUUCGGCGCCGAGACUGUGUUAUUCCCACCAGGAACAAGGGAUAUCAGCAGGCCACGCUCGCGUAAGGAGAUGACAACAGAUAAUGACCAAGGUCAUGUUGACGGUCGCUUGUUCCAUACUCAGUUUUCCAUGAACUCUCGAAACACCAAUAGUAUCCCUCGUCGCGGGACUGUGGCGACUUCGUCUUCAAGACGGCCCGGGUCAUCGUCGACCAAGAGAGCAUUGCAUGACGAUUCAUUCUUCUCACCUACUGAUAACCUGUCUAAACAGCACAGCAUCAUGAGCUCCAGCUCUUCGGCUACCUUGCCCGAGUUUUUCAGCUACGAAAUCUUCAAAACAGUGCUCAGCGAUCCUACGACUGCUCAUCAACUCUUAAAGUUUAGUCGAACGCGACUAUGCAGCGAAAAUAUAGAGUUUCUAAACAAGGUAGAUGAGUACCAAAAGGCACUGUUGCAUCUCAGCACUAUCCUGGGCUCCAUUCACAAGGGCUUCAUAUCAAGUGAUUCUACAAGGCAACUUGAUGUGCCCCAUGAGCUCAUCCGAUCAAUUCAAAGAGACGUCAAAGCUCUGGCCGGAAGGACGCUUCCAGGAAUGGAGGGACUCUUUGCUGAUAUGCAGGCCAGAAUCGAAGAGUUGGUCUUUGAAGAUGUCUAUCCGAGAUUCAUUCGACACCAGCUGGCACUCAGCGCUACACAAGCACUGGCUAGCGAUCGACACCGUUAUGCGGGCUUGGGCGACUGCUUCUGUCUCACAAAUCCUUCAAAAGCGGACAAUCCUAUAGUAUUUGCUUCUGAUGGAUUUGUCAAAGUGACUGGCUACAGUCGGCCUGAAAUCAUUCCCCGAAACUGCAGAUUCCUUCAGGGUCUUCAGACAGAUCGAACACCAAUCGAGCGGCUCAAGCAAGGUAUCGCAGAUCGUCGUGAAUCGGUAGAGUUGAUAUUAAACUACAAGAAAAAUGGCGAUCCAUUCUGGAAUUUGCUAUAUGUUGCACCAUUGUAUGACGCAAACGGGAAGCUCUCGUUCUACAUCGGCGGACAAGUCAAUUGCUCGACAACUAUACACAACAAUGCCGACAUCAUGAGGGUCUUAUCGUCGCCCACUCCGGGUGAUAUGGAUGACCCUGAAACCUCGUCCAUCCAGUCGCCACAUAACCACAAGUCGCCGGCUUCUACGCGAAAGGCAUUCCUCAAAGCACUUGGCGUCCGAGUUGAUCAAGCCAAAGUAUCAGCCGGUCCCCCGGGUAUGGAACAAGAUGUUCUAAACCGCAUGGAAGGCCAAAAUCUCGAUGUACAAAUGAAGGAGUUUUACACGGCUUACUCCAAAUACAUUGUGGUCCAGGCCAAUACUUUUAUGAUAGCCUACUAUUCUGAGGGCGUUGUGGAGGCCUUGAACCCGGUCAAUAACACGGGCUUGGUCGCUGGACAGGACGUUUUCCGAUUCUUUAAACAAAACAUGAUCAGCAAGGAGACAGACUACCGAAGUAGAGUCCGCAGCGCGAUUCGUGCCGGUAGCCCAAUUAGUGUGGAGCUGCGGCUGCAAACACGACGCAGCGCAAAGUUCCGAGGUGACGAGGUUUUCAAUACGCACUGGACGCCGCUCAAAAACGAAAAGGCAGAAACACACUGGGUAGUCAUUGCUUUAGCUUCCAUGAUACAAUGA